AAUGGUCCCUACCAAGGAACAGACUGAGGAGGAAGAAGAUGAUGACAACUAUGAUGAUAUGGAAGAUGUACAGACUUUGGCAAUGGACCCUAAACAAAACCAAGCUCCUAGAAGAACAAAAAAAACAGGAAGAAAGACACCCUACUCCAGAGCUCCAGACAAACCCAGAUGGGUACAAGUCACAAAGAGCCAGACUGCACCUGAUGCAAAUGGUUUUAAAGGUUCUCUAAGUGACAAGGAAAAAGCCCUGACUAGAGCUAUGAGAGGUCCCAUUACUGGGGAAAGACUCAACCAACUACAUGAAAUAGCCAAUACUUGUGCUAGAGAAACAAAUAGAGUGGUGCUGGAGGAGCUCAAUGAGAGGCUCUCUAAAAUGAGGGACAAGAUAAAAAAUGAUCAGCAAAAUUACAAUCAAUCAGAGGUUAAGAAAGCUAUUGAAGUAGCUAAAACCAGAUCGAUACAAAAAUAUGGCAAAAAGAUUAAUUGGGCCCAACUUAAAGAAAGUGUAUACUUGGUUACCAAAAAUCUAAAAGCUCCCUUAGAUGACUCUUUCAAUAGAGAGCUCCAUGAAAAUUUCAAAGAGCUCCCUACCAUACAGAGAUCCAAGAAACCAGCAGACAAAACCAGACACAAAGAACCUUACAAGAACUCUAAGGAUGAAAUCUCAGAACUAAGAAAGGAAUUGGCAAUCAUGACUGUCUUAUUUAAAGGAAUUACAGAGAAAAUGAGUGCUGAUGAGGAGACUAUGGACCAGGGAAACUCCUAA